AUGGUGAAGGUGAGUUUGGAUAACGUGAAACUUUUGGUGGAUAUCGAUAGAGAGCCGCAGUUCAGUCCUUCCACGACAACGGUGGCGGAUAUUUUGACCAAGGAUGCGUUGGAGUUUGUGGUGCUGUUGCACCGGACGUUCAACGGGAGACGUAAGCAACUGUUGGAGAACAGGCAGGUGGUGCAGAAGAAGCUGGAUUCCGGGUCGUACAAGCUGGAUUUUUUGCCCGAGACGGCUGGGAUCAGGGAGGAUCCGACUUGGCAGGGCAACGUGUUGGCACCCGGAUUGAUCGACCGUUCGACGGAGAUCACGGGUCCGCCAUUGCGUAACAUGCUGAUCAACGCGCUGAACGCGGACGUGAACACGUACAUGACCGACUUCGAGGACUCUGCGUCGCCUACGUGGAACAACAUGAUCUACGGGCAGGUGAACCUGUACGACGCGGUGCGCGACAAGAUCGAUUUCAACACGCCUCGCAAGCAGUACAAGCUGAGGGCGCCGAUCGGUCAGUUGCCCACUCUGAUUGUGAGACCGCGCGGAUGGCACAUGGUCGAGAAGCACCUGUAUGUGGACGACGAGCCGAUCAGUGCGUCGAUCUUCGAUUUCGGGCUGUAUUUCUACCACAACGCGCGCCAGCUGAUCAAGAUCGGCAAGGGCCCGUACUUCUACCUGCCCAAGAUGGAACACCAUUUGGAGGCCAAACUGUGGAACGACAUCUUCAACGUGUCGCAGGACUACGUCGGACUGCCACGCGGCACAGUCAGGGCCACGGUGCUGAUCGAAACGCUGCCUGCAGCGUUCCAGAUGGAGGAGAUCAUCUACCAGCUCAGACAGCACUCGAGCGGGCUGAACUGCGGCCGUUGGGACUACAUCUUCUCCACGAUCAAGCGUCUCAGAAACCUGCCGGAGCACGUGCUGCCCAACCGGGACCAGGUCACCAUGACGUCGCCCUUCAUGAACGCGUACGUCAAGCGGCUCAUCAACACAUGCCACAGGCGCGGCGUGCACGCCAUGGGCGGCAUGGCCGCCCAGAUCCCGAUCAAGGACGACCCCGUCGCGAACGAGAAGGCGAUGACCAAGGUGCGCAAGGACAAGAUCCGCGAGCUGACCAACGGCCACGACGGCUCGUGGGUCGCGCACCCGGCGCUCGCCGCCAUCUGCAACGAAGUGUUCGUCAACAUGGGCACCCGCAACCAGAUCCACUACGUCCCGGAAACAAAGGUCACCGCCCAGAACCUGCUGCACACCGCGAUCGACGGCGGCCAGGUCACCACCGAGGGCAUUGUGCAGAACCUCGACAUCGGCCUCCAGUACAUGGAGGCGUGGCUCAGAGGUUCUGGCUGCGUGCCCAUCAACAACCUGAUGGAGGACGCCGCCACCGCUGAAGUCUCGCGCUGUCAACUGCACCAGUGGGUGAAGCACGGCGUCACGCUCAGCGACACCGGCGAGCGCGUCACCCCGCAACUCACCGCCACGCUGCUCAACGAGCAGGUCCAGAAGCUCUCCGCCUCCAGCCCGCUCGGCUCCAAGAACAAGUUCGCGCUUGCGGCCAAGUACUUCCUGCCAGAGAUCACUGGCGAGAAGUUCAGCGAGUUCCUGACCACGCUGCUCUACGACGAGAUCGUCACCGUCAAGGACAAGCCCACCGACCUCAGUAAGCUCUAG